UCAGCGCAGAGCUUGUCGCUGCCUCUCCCUCUCCCUCCCCUCAUCCUCAUCGCCCGCCCCCGUCAGGUGUGCCGUCAUCAGCCGCACCUUCCGCCCACUCUUGUCGAUGGUGUCCAGCUUCUCCUGCGCCUUCUUGACCUCGUCGCGGUCCAUGCGGUCGUUGGUGCGCACGUGGCUCUCCAGCAACGCCCCCAAACAAGAGGUAUUCGGACGCAGCAUCUGAAUGAAUGAGCUCACAGACAGCAAACCAAGGAAACGGUGAGGAAACAAACUGACUGGUGCGUAAGUGUCGUUGGCGUACCCGAUUAGACGGUAAGGGUCUCUCCUUCUUCUCGUGCCUCCUACCUGCACACACACACAAUCACACACAACGCGCACAGGCACAUGCAGGCGCAAUUCAUGCGCUCUGCGUGUGGUGCUUCCGUGAUCUCACCCCACCUGGCCUUUCCCGUCUCCUGUCAUCGUCUUCCAGAGACCUCGAACGUGACCUCGAGCGCCUCCUGUAGUGUCCCCGUCCCUUGACCUCCCUCCUCCGCCCUUCAUCACCCGAUGAUGAUGAGCUCGAGCUGCCGCUGCUGUCACUCGACGAGUGCCGCCUUCGAGCGCCGCGGCCGCGGCCGUCAUUGUCCGAGUCGUCAGAGGUGUAGCGGGGAGGCUUGUGUGGUCCGGCAUCUGCAUCGCCUGACUUGGAUGAUGGUUUCUUCCCAUCGUCACGGUCAAUGUAGACAUGGCGAGCGCUCUCGGAUCUGUUCACGUCCACCAUCUUGGGAGAAAC